AUGGCGAUGAUGAUGACUGGCCUUGUGCUGCUGGUGUGUGCCCUCUGCGUGCUGUGGUGCGGUGCCGGCGGUGGAGUUGCGGACGGUGGUGAAGAAGAGCUUGUGGAGCUCGUUGUGCCCUCAUCCCGGCCUAAUGAAGCACAAGAAUUACAAAGAGUGGAAUCGCGGGACAAGGGAGAUUCUGAAAAAGACGAGCAAGUCGAUGAAGCAAAGCCUCAAAAACAACUCCAAGACGGAGGAGACCACCAAGCAGAAGGUCUACUUCUACCGGUUGAACAACCUGUAGAAGUACAACUGCAAUCUGAAAGUCCUCGAGUCGAAGAAACGGAGAACGACACCGAAGAAGAACAACGGAGGAAACAACAAAAAUCAAGCGUUGAACAUAAAACCAGAAAAGAACCCGCAGAUAAAUCCCAGGGAGGCAGUGGAAAAGGUGAUGUACCUAAAGAAAAUGAAAAGCAAAAAGUAAAGGAACCUAUUUCUCAAAGUAGAGAAGAAGUUGUUGCACCUGGCACAGGUACUCCGGAAGCGAUUUUAAGUCAGAGUCACCAGGAAGCAUCACGCAACCUUGUAGGGAAAAAUCUGGCGGAAAACAAAGAAAUUGCUAAAGAAAAUAAUGUUAAACGGGAAGAAAAAGACAAGAAACGUGAACCACAAGAACAACGUCACUUACAACAACAAAACGGCAAACAAGAGGCGCUGCAUGGCUCACCCACAGGGCCAGCGGCAACGCAAGGCUCACUGGCACCUGCACCAACGGGGAAAUUGCAACAGACGCACACCAGCGCCGGUUCAACAAAACAGCCAGUAGAAGAAGCUCCCUUAACUGAAACGGAGAUUACAUCGAAUGGAACUAGCGACCCAGCAUCGCCAUCUGUUACUGCACGUGCUGGUGAUGCUUCCACUUCUGACGCCGAAAAGGAAGAAGUGAAGGUUCAAACCAAUGCUGAAUCCUCAAAAACAGCAGUGAAAGAAAAAGACGACCAACAUGAGCACCUUACAGAAAAUAAAAAAGAAUCCGCGAAAGAUAAAAACGCCAUUCGUACCAAUGCUACCGCCAAUACGGACGACCGUGACGGCAGCACCGC